GGCUUUAGUGUAAUAUUCCUAGAGGGAAUUUUCCGUGGCUAAAUAGUCCCAAGUUUCCUUCUAUAAAUUCCCCCUCACCCCUACCUAGCUUUCUUCACUCAGCUGCUUCACAUUUUCUAUCUUUUGGUUGCUUUUCCUCUCCAAGGAUCAACUUUCAUGAAAAUGGCUCUUGCUGGAGUUUUCUUUGUGGGUUUGCUGGCAAUGGUCUCUUUUGUCAAUGGCUAUGGCGGCGGCUGGACUAAUGCUCAUGCAACCUUUUACGGCGGUGGUGAUGCUUCUGGCACAAUGGGUGGUGCUUGUGGCUAUGGGAACCUUUACAGCCAAGGGUAUGGGACAAACACUGCAGCAUUGAGCACUGCUCUGUUUAACAAUGGGUUGAGUUGUGGGUCUUGCUAUGAGAUUAGGUGUGUGAAUGAUCCCAAGUGGUGCCUACCUGGUUCAAUUGUGGUCACAGCCACCAAUUUCUGCCCACCAAACAAUGCUCUGCCCAACAAUGCAGGAGGGUGGUGCAAUCCUCCUCAGCAGCACUUUGAUCUAUCUCAGCCUGUCUUCCAGCACAUUGCUCAAUAUAGAGCUGGAAUUGUUCCUGUGGCCUACAGAAGGGUAUCCUGUAGGAGGAGAGGAGGGAUAAGAUUCACAAUCAAUGGUCACUCAUACUUCAACCUAGUUUUAAUCACCAACGUUGGAGGUGCUGGUGAUGUGCAUGCUGUAGCAAUCAAAGGGUCCAGAACUGGUUGGCAACCAAUGUCAAGAAACUGGGGCCAAAACUGGCAGAGCAACACUCUUCUCAACGGACAAAGCCUCUCAUUUAAGGUCACCACCAGCGACGGCCGUAGUGUUGUGUCCUACAAUGUUGCUCCUCCUAACUGGUCAUUUGGCCAGACCUUCUCCGGUGCCCAAUUUCGCUAGGGGCUUUAAUUUCAAUUAUAAUAUACUUGGGGGUCUCAAAAGUAAUUAGUGUAACUUUAGGGUAUAAAAUAUAAUUAUAUAAUUUUAUAAUACUGUCUUGGGUCAAAAUGGGUAUUAGGGCUCUAUUUUAAGUUGCCCUUAACUCAUUUUGAGGUGACUUUUGGAGGGGUGGUGUCCUAAACUUGGAGGGACCUUUCUUAGUGUUGGGGUCUUCUUAUUUUUAAUUCUGCUGUAAAAAGGCAGGAGAUGGCUGAGGUGGACUCUUACCACCCGCCACUAGCAUUUUUAUUUUUAUUUUUAUUUUUAUUUUUUUCACUAUUAGAAGUUUUAUUUUUUGGGCAUUAAUGUAAGAUUAUUGUAAUUUGUAAUCAACUUUGGGUUGAAUCAUGCCCUGAGUUGCUAUUUCUAAAGUGUAAAAUUUCCAAUUUCUGCUGGUAAUGAAAGUGAAAAAAAAAAAUAUUAUAUAGAAAA